AUGUAUUCCAUGGACAAUCUCGAAUUAGAUAUGAUGAAUCGACAGUACAUGUACGAGGCUCAUGGCUUUCUUGGGAAUCCAGCGAUUCCAGCUUUGCCGCCGCAUUGCGGAGCACCUACCACAGCUACGCUACCUUCUAUUCCCUCGCAAUUAGCUGCACAUCCUGCUGGAAGUACUGGAAGUACCAGCGGUAGUGAAAUUUAUUUGUAUGACGAAAAUAGUAGCGAUAAUGAAAGUGCUUACAGUAGUGAUCAGGAGAAUCACGCCAGAGAACGAAGUCAAAACAAUAGAAGAAAUGGGGCGUCGGGGAAAAGUCCGAGACAAGCAGUACAACAAAGACAGGCCGCCAAUAUGAGAGAGAGGAGACGUAUGCAGAAUAUAAAUGACGCCUUUGAGGGUCUUAGGGCCCACAUACCUACUCUUCCUUAUGAAAAGAGACUCUCUAAAGUAGAUACAUUAAAAUUAGCAAUUGGUUACAUUAAGUUUCUUAACGAAUUGGUUAGAGCUGAUAAGGGUAACGAUCCUCUGACGGGAAAUGGUGGUCUCUCAAGAUGUUCUGGACGAGAUGAUUCUAAGAAGGUCAUAGUUCGUGGCAGUGAAGGAAAUCCCUUCAUUUUUCAUUCCUUGUCAUGGUCCAGGAAAUCGGAUAUCUCCCAGAAUGGGACGAUGUAUGCAAAAGUAUGGACUCCGGAGGAUCCAAGAACAUCAAAAAAUGGCUCGACAUUCGAAUAAAAUUUUCAUCUCUUAGUUAAGUCACGUCGAGCCUUGUGUUAUUUAGUAUUUAAGGACAAACAUUCCUAGUCGUUAUUUUAC